AUGUCACAGUCUGACAGCGUAGAGGGUGAGGAAGAGGAGCAGGCGGAAGAGGACUGUCCUGAAUUGGUUCCCAUUGAGACGAAGCGCAGAGACGAGGAGGAAAACCCCGUCCCCGGCGCCAAGAUCCCAGUCACAAUUAUCACCGGCUACUUAGGUGCUGGGAAGACAACCCUUCUUAACUACAUUCUGACGGAACAGCACAGUAAACGAGUCGCUGUUAUUUUGAAUGAAUUUGGGGAAGGCAGUGCUGUGGAGAAGUCUUUAGCUGUCAGCCAAGGUGGAGAACUCUACGAAGAGUGGCUGGAGCUUCGAAACGGCUGCCUGUGCUGCUCAGUCAAGGAUAAUGGCCUUAGAGCUAUUGAGAAUUUGAUGCAGAAGAAGGGGAAAUUUGAUUACAUACUGCUCGAAACCACUGGAUUAGCAGAUCCAGGGGCUGUGGCGUCUAUGUUUUGGGUGGAUGCUGAGUUAGGGAGUGAUAUUUAUCUUGACGGCAUCGUGACUGUUGUGGAUUCGAAAUACGGAUUAAAACAUCUCACAGAAGAAAAAUCAGACGGCCUCAUCAAUGAAGCUGCCAGGCAGGUGGCCCUGGCGGAUCUCAUCAUCAUCAAUAAGACGGAUCUGGUUCCUGAGGACGGUCUAAAGCAGCUAAGGACGACCGUUAGGUCAAUAAAUGGACUAGGGAAAAUCUUAGAAACACAAAGAUCAAGGGUCGAUCUCUCUGAUGUGUUAGACCUCCAUGCCUUUGACAGUCUCUCGGGAAUCAGUUUGCAGAAAAAACUUCAGCAUGUGUCACCAACGCAGCCUCACCUGGAUCAGACUAUCGCUACAGUCACAUUCGAGGUGCCGGGAGAUGCGAAGGAGGAGAGUCUGAACGUCUUCAUUCAGAAUCUGCUGUGGGAGAAGUCUGUGAGGAGCCCGGACGGCCACUGCAUGGAGGUCAUCCGAAUGAAGGGGCUGGUGUCCAUCAAGGGCAAAGCACAGCAGGUGAUUGUCCAGGGCGUGCACGAGCUCUACGAACUGGAGGAGACGCCAGUGCUCUGGGCGGACGGCCCCGAGAGGACCAACAGGCUGGUGCUCAUCGGCAAGAACUUGGACAAGGAUAUCCUUAAACAGCUGUUCACAGCCACGGUGAUGGACACGGAGAAGCCGCAGACUCCAGCACCAGGCAGGGGAGGCCUGGUUUGA